AUGAAUAAGCGGUCAGUUGUUCAUGUUGUUCCAAAUGUUGAAGGAGCUGAACCAACUACCAAGACUGACUUGGAUACUUUGCUAGAGUUCUUAGAGGGAGAAGUACAGGCUGAAGAGAGAGUGAACAUGGCAUAUCAAUCCUUAGUGAGAGGUACAGAUGAUAGUGAGAAGCGAAUAAUUCCUACGAAUGGUAGAUUCCAGUUGAAGCAAAAAUUUGCUAAAUCUUCCCUAGUACCUUCUACUUCUGAAUUGCUUACUUCACCACAAGAAAAGAGAAAGUGUCUUUUUUAUUCAAAUCAACACAAUUCUUGGGAAUGUGAAUAUGCAAAAAAUGUGAGUUUAAAUGAUAGCGAAGCUGCUGUUGCAAGAUCACGUUGUUAUUUCUUAUGCUUACGACCAGGCCACAGAGAAAUAAAUUGCAGACGGAAACCAUGCUUUAAUUGUGGUAAAAAGCACAACAUACUUCUUUGCAGAGGAGUUGCGGCCUGUAAUGAAGUUCAAAACCCAGAGAGUAAAGCAACCGAAAGUGUCACUUUAGUCCUGCGCAUAAGAAAUGGAAAUAAAGACAAACUUGUGAGAGCUAUUAUUGAUACAGACUCUGAGCGAACAUAUAUUACGAGAGACGUAGUCAAAUAUUUGGGUAUAGAGAAAUGUGGAGAAAUUAAGUUAGUGCAACAAUUGUUUGGAGGUGUAUCAUCAGGUGAAAAGUGUGAUUCUCAAUAUAAAGUUACUUUAGCGAGUAUUGAUAACAAAUUUUUUUGCAAAGUACUUUGUUUAGAUCAACCAGUGAUUUGUGAUUAUGUCAAACUCAUCCCCUAUGGUCCGUGGAUGAAGGAGUUGAAUGAAUAUGGAAUAUGUGUGAAUGAUACCGAGUAUAGUUCUCUAGGAGUAUCUAAUGACGUCAAAUUAUUACUUGGAGCUGAUGUGGCCGGCAAGCUUUUCACAGGCAAUGUAAAAUGUUUGAUUGAAGGUUCUGUUGCCAUUGAGUCACAUCUAGGGUGGACUCUUAUGGGGAAGAUACCUAUAAAUGAUGCUACUGUGACGACAAAUUCUUCUCUUUCAUUGCUUUCAACUGAAUCAUCUGUGAAUCAACUGUGA